AGUAUAACUAAUGAUUUCUUUGAAGAGAUUAAAGCUCAAAUUACCUCAUUCGAGGAUUUUAGUUAUAUUAUUAGAUGUUUUGGAAUAACAAGAUGUCCAACAUCUGAUAAUUACAUCAUGAUUAUGGACUACAAAGAAGACGGUAGUCUUCAUGAUUAUCUAUAUAAAAAUUUUAAACUUCUAAGAUGGGAACAAAAAUUAGAAAUUUUAUAUACCGCAAAUAAUACUCCAAAAAUUAUUGUUGAAUUGAUCGAACGUUGCUGGAGUGAAAACCCAGGUGAUCGGCCGACUGCAAUUAACUUGGUUGAUGAGCUUCAAAGAUGUAGGCAAGAUGACCAUAAUAUAUGGACUGAGAUUGAAUCCAUUGAAGAAAAGAUGAACUUUAAUAUUCCUCAAGAAGAGCCUUGUUUAAAUUACAAAACAUCAGAAAACUAUGCUAGUAAAACAAUUAAUGUUUCAAAGGAAUCAGUAGCCAAUUUUAUCAAGCAAACUAUUGAAAUCCCAUCAGAUCCAG